GCAACCUACGAAGUUUCUGAUCAACAGUUGUACUAAAUCACUGUUUUUCUUCAAUUACAAAACAAAGGUGUGGAGAAAUAUUUUAAUGCUUUUGUCAUUUUACGUACUGCACUGUGUCUACAUCCUCAGACGAAAAAAAUAACCUAAAGUGUUUCCAGUGAACAUGAACGUGUGAAGAAAGACAUCAAACGUCGAGGAGGAGUCGCUUCUUGUCGAUUGUUUCAAGAUGGGAGUCACGCAGUGGAUUAUCAUCACCAUAAUUCUCGCUUUUAUCGGACUGCUGCUGCAGGUGGCAGGAUACGUUGCACCGAUGUGGAUAUGGCUGGAGACAGAUUCUUUUCUGGUAGGUGUAGGCCUGUGGUUCACAACGGGAUGUGGUCUGUCAGGUACAUGCGGUGAAAACACGACAACACCUGAAGUUUCGUUCAUAUACGCUACAGACGGUAUGUACCGCCAGACGGAGUUCGACGCCGUUCGCGCGCUGGAGACGUUGGGACUUGGCGCCGCCACCUUCCUGCUCCUCGUCCUCGUCGUCUACCGCAUGGGCUACGGCAAGUGGGACCGCAUGGGGCAGCUCAACUGGGCAGCCUUCUGUCUCAGCAGCUUAGCCUGGCUCCUGAUCUUGGCCGGGCUGGUCGUGUACUGCGCCUUCUUCUGGCCAGUCGUGGGCACCUCGCCCUUGUUAACGAGGAGGUCCUUCCCUUGGUCCCUCCUCAUGUGCCUCCUCGCCGCCUUCUUCUUCAUCGUCGUCUGCGUCCUCAUCCGCGUCAAGUGUCGCGAUGCCAGCGACUACGUGAAGAACGCCAUUCCCACCUCCGGCGACCACAAACUCGAUCUGAAUCCGGUUACUAAAACCGGUUUGAUGAAUCGCUACUUCUCGCCUUCUCCAUACCAAGAGGACCGGCGCUCCGUGCCUGCGCUGUCUGCUUACCACGAUGAAGGUAGCAGCAUCUACGCAGUGAGUUCCAGAAAACAUCUUUUAGGAGCAGAAACACACCGGGGCUCCGCGUACGACAAUCUGGGAUUUCAGGGAACCAAGGGCAGCUCCUACCGCUACCUGACAGUACAGGGCACCGACCACUUGUCUCAGACCGACACGAUGAUGCGGAGGCCGCUGCCUCUGAGGGUGGUGACAGACAACGCCGCAAGCACAUCACGGCACGUGUCGACAGCAAAUACUGCUUACGUCACACACAGCGCGAUGGAUGACGAGACGCUUCUGCUCAGAGACCACAACACCGACUCGAGGUUCACCAACGACGGACGCCUCAUGGCCAAGGCAGACUACCUAGGCCCCGAGCGCACUGUGAGAAGCGGCAGCAGCCAGGAGGCACCACGAGGUAGUGGCCACUACACCACCCACACCAACCCCCUGCCCACCUCCCAGGUGCAACCAGGCCUCAUCCGUGUCGUCCCUCACACCGACGACGCCGACGUCAAGGGCUACGACCCCACCUACCUGUACAGACCCUACUCCGAACACAUCUACUGACCCUGUCAUCCCCACAUGUCGAGCUCUUUGCAAAGGAGCGACUCACAAACUCAGCCAAGGUAUUUACCUGAGUAGAUGAAGGAGAGGUAGAGUCCUCGUGUUGUCUCUGUAAACAGAAGUCAGUACCGGCACCAACACCUGACUCUGAUGACAAGUGAAGAGCAAACAACCAAGACUUGCAUUCAGUCUUCUGUGUGCUCUUCCUGCCGUUUCGACUGAAUUUUACACCUGAUGCUAGCAGUUGGAGUUCUACUGUUAUGUCUAGUGUCAGUGAAAUCUGUACAUAACACUGUUCAUAACACUGUGACACAGAUAUGUUGUGGUGGAAUGUUUGAUGUCUGAAGUGUGUUCACCAGGUGACAGACGUAGUGGUGUGAUUUCCCGUCUCACUGCGUCAAAGCAAUCCUAACAAAGCAGAUUUAAUAUGGAUGUUUACACCAUUUAAAAAAUUAAAUCGGCAUCCUUUGUUCAGAAAAAAAAACAUUUAAGAAUAAUAAUAAAGAAACCGUUGGAUCCCAAAUGACUCUUCAUUGCAAAAACAGAAAACUCAAGGAAAUUAGCAACAAGACAGCCAUUAUAGCGGUUUACAAACAAGCCCAAUGAAAAGAAAAAUUAAUGGUGGACCUUUUUUCAAAGUGGUCGUAGAUGUAAGCGAACUAUUGACAGAUGAUAACGUAGUGUAGCUACGUCCUUGCACGUGACAACGUAUAACCACGUUGUGUUGUGUUCUCGAUGUUGGUAACUAUAAACAUGACAGCAUCACGUGGAACAUCACGUGACUGUGGAGAGACGGUGAUCUUCCAAUAGUAUCCUCUUGAAAAAUGAAGGAUUCUUAUGUGAAUGUUUUAUGUUGUUGGCAAUAUGGCGGUCAGGACGAAUUUCCAGAGCUUGAUCUUGACUGACUUGAGCACGGAGAUACCUCACAGACAAUUACAGCCUGGAGGUAGAUAUGACAUGUUUAGUAAGAUCAAUGAUGUUUUCUUCACUCAUCGUAAAUCAGUAUCGUAUAUCAGUAUCGUAAAUCAGUAUCCGUUGCACCAUUGCGGGGAGAUAAUCUGUAUAGCUCACCGCAGAGCGCAUGUCGACCAGAGCACAGUAGUCUUCCUUGUCCAGACAGUAUCCCUGUUUAUGCAUGUAUGUGUGUUUGUGUGUGUGCGUGCGUAAACUUGCAUGUUUUUAUACUUUGAAUACUAAGUUACUGUCUUCCUAAAAUAUUUUUAUUUGUAAUAGUGACUUAUUUAAACCCUCGCCCAAUUUGUGUUUUGUUUACAUAAACAUACCUUGUCUACUUGUGUAACCACACUCAACUAUUUUAUUUUGUACACAGAGGGGAACGACUUAUGUCGCUUAUAGAAAUAUACAGAAGAAUGUUAAUGUCCGUAAAAGUAAUAUCACACUGUGCACGUUCAUGGUAAUAAAAACACGUGUAACAUGUAUAAAGACGAGUAAGAUGUUUGGUUGUGACAGAUGUGACAAUGGACACGGCAGAUGUGACAAUUAGAUGUGGGGUGAGGCUAGAUACUCAUACUAAGCCAUCAAAAUGGUUAGCAAUGAAUGUAUGUUUUGUAUACUGGAUUAGAUAAAUAAUAAUAGCGCGUAGACAGACAUGAACACACACACACAAAGCAAACGCGCGCCCACACCUACACACACAUUCUCUAAAACUCGCUCUCGCCGUUCCCACACCCACAACAACAACAACAGCAACGGCAUAAAAAAGUUAAUAACAACAUGGAUAUCAAUUAGAGGCUAAAUAUUUACAGACUCAGAAGCAAUCUGGAGAGACAGGAAAUUCCUUCAUUCAUCCAAUAUUUUAUUUAUCCUUCUCCACCCUGGACAAAGGGAGCCGGCACGUGCAGCAGCAGGUACAGCGAGGCACGCACACGUGAGUUGACUUACCCACAGUCCCACACCCUCAAGCCUCGAUAUUUAAUGAGAAUGUCUACCGUUCGCCAGGGUUAACAAAGGCGUUUUGUCGUGAGACCACACAGAAAGUGCUGUGGGUUUUAUUUUUAUUUUUACUUUCCUUACUUCAACAAAGAUUUCUCGGAGCUCGCGGGCGAGGUGUUGUUGACCUGCGCGGGGUCAAGAAGGGAGUUGAAACUACAAUUUGUGAGGUCAGCUGACAAUCGUCUGUCUAAAUGAGAUUCCGCCACUAUAUUUUUUAACCGACGAUGGCCAGUGGUGGGUAGAGAAAAUGUUUCCCUGUGUUAAUUUGAGUACCUGUCUUCGUCAAGACCUUGUGAUGUGAGUUUAUUAAAAAACCCUCUCUAUUUAUUUAGUAUAUAUUUCAACAAAGUACACAAAAAGAAAUCCCUGCAGCAACCCCAUAGUAAUAUUCUUUGUUAAAAAAAGGUCUGAGGCAAGCUGAUCUUGGUGUGUCAGACAUUUACUGCCGACAUGCAACGAGUCUUGCCAUUGUUCUUCUCUCUACAUCUUUGUGAUUGUUUUUGUCGCAAUGAGAUUGUGUAUUGGCAGCGAUAUUGCGCUAUACAAAUUAUUAUUUAUUAUUAUACAAACUCUUUCUUUUUUAACACACACACUUCUGUCUUACUAUCUCUCUAACAUACACUCACACUUCUGUCAACCUGACUCUAACACACACACAGACACACAUUCAAUUGUGUAACAUAAACUUCUGUCUCCAACACACAUUCACCUCUUGUCAAGUGGCCGAUGGCCUCAUUUAUCUUCUCUCUUCCCCUCUCUCUGUCUCUCCCCCUUUCUCGUGCCUCUUCCUGACAGCGGAAAGGACGUGUAAAGCUCUUGGUUCCUUCUCGAUACCUGAGUCGCCGAGGCUACAGAAAGAAAAGAUGGGAUGGUCUUGAGCAAUGGCCCCACAAACAUUGUAUGGCGAGUCUCUGGCACUGAUUUCCGCCAGAUUAGGCGACAGCAGAAGUCAGGAGAUGCGGGUGCUUCUCCGAGAUAACGGCCAAACAUUCUCAAACAUGUCUUGCUGAAUCAGCGUAAGUGUUGCCACCCUGUUUUCAAGGGUUUCUAUUUUAUGUUUUUCCCAGCGAAGUAGAACAUUUUUUGGGGGAAAAGAGAGGCGAAAGGCUGGUUCGUGUACUUCUGAUCUCUGCGCUUUUUCUCUCCUCAUUUCUGUUUCUUUCUCUUUGUUCUUCUUUUUCAACCACUCGUGUGUGGGUGAGAGAGACAUCUUUGUGCUGCAUUGUGUACCCCACCUCUGAUAUUGUUUACCUCUAGGGGAAUGUUCCAAUUACCGAUACAUCCUGUCUCAGUAAUCGUGUUUCUGGUUUGCACACGCGCAAAAGGCUUUCAUUAAAAUAAAAAAAUGCUGAACCCGCUACUGAUGUUACAUCAGGUCAGUCACGUGGCAUGGGAGACUGGAGCUCCCAUGAUGGUAGUCCCGUGACCCCGGGUAGAGACUGAGGUAUUACUGAUUAGGUCUUUUUGACCCUGACAGCCAGGAGGACGUGAGAAAACAAACUCUUCCUUCCUUUCUCGAUGCAUGAUGCUACAGUAUCUUCCCCAACCCUCUAAAGGGUCAGGUUCCAUUCCACAGCUGAAAAGCUUGCUGCGUCACACGGGUAGCGAAGCGGAUAGCUUCGUGUUCAGAUGCAGUUUGUUUUAAUCACCAGACCAUCCGCUCCGCCAUGCGAACUGAUCUUCUUGGUGCUUGAUUCCCUUUCAUCCAACAUACAUAGCUGCAAUUUUAGAGAUUAUUUGCUAUUUAUCGUUUUCAGCCAUGCGACACAGUUCCUGUAGCCUGGAGAAAUAAAGGACUUAAGAGGUUUAAUGACACACAUAAUUUACUACGAAAAUAACAGGAUUUCUCGCCAACACCCGUCAACGGGCAAACAUACUCAGUUCUGUCGAAACUCGCAGAAAUGCUAAAACUGUAAUGGUAACAAUGAAAAACAAACUAGCUAUGAGAUCUAUGAACACAUCGGUAUUGAAAUAUCAACAAAGGGCUUAUUGUACCAACAUCUUAUAAGGCUAGAAAUCCUUGUACAAAGCUGGACACGUGUCUGGGAGGUGGAACUAGAGUCACUUCUGAGUACAGGCAAGAUGGACUAAAGUUGUUUACUGGCCCGUGAAUUGUAAACGAUGUUCUGUUCACUUGGUUUCGCUUGAAGACCUUCAUUUUGUGUAUGAUACAGGUAUGAUACAGGUUCGGAGACAACAUCCAUCGUGCAAAUAUGUAGCCAAGGACCGGAUGUAAACUAUACACACCCCUUGAUGUAACUGUCCUGUCGCUCAUUUUUUCAUAGAUUAGGAAGAUGACCAGCGAUGACGAAGGGGAUAAUGUAGUUAGUAGCUAGAUAAACUGACAAAUUAAUAAUUUUUAAGAUAAUCGCUUCUUUUAUUGUGUAAGUAUAUCUGGUGGUUUCUAUAACUGUCUUAAUGUGUAUAUCAGUUAGUUUUAGCUCAGAAGGCUGAGAGUAAGGAUAAGACCUUUUCUCAAUAUCAUAAACCCUCAUUAAAAGGAAGUAAGAUGGUUUUUAUCUUGACCAGUCUCAUGUAUACCUUAUAUCAAAUAUCGUUCACCCAGUUUGGUAGCAGAGGUAGUUGAAAAGGAACAAUUUAAAAAGUAAAUUAAAUAUUAGACUCAAUCAAAGCACUCAAUCUUUAAUGAUGACGAUGACAAUGGUGAAGAAGACGAUGAUAAUGAAAACCCCAAAUAAAGAAGGGGAAGAACCAAAUAUUUGAACACAAACGUGAAGAGAAGAAUGUCAUUAGAAGGACCGCAUGAGUCUACUCCCCUACAAAAAAAAAA